GGAGGGGGUAAACACCGGGGCUUUUUUCUUGUUUUUUUUUCUUUUCAUGCCCCACCUUCCUCCUGCGGUGCGUGCUGAAUUUUAUUUUUAUCGCGAGAAGGGUCCAGCCGUCCCUCUCCCUCGUCAACGGCGCUAACGUCGAAGUUUGGUACUCACGAGAGCUUGUCAGCUAUAUUUCGCUUUCACCCCACGUUUCGUAAAUUUUUCACCCCAUGGGGAUUCGAACGCACGAUGCCUGCGACAAGCGGAAUACGAGGAUACCACUAGACCACCGGGGGCGACCGGGAAAUUCCGUCUUGGGCUUUAAUUGGCAUCAGCAAGAACAGCUCCACCCGCCUCCGGAAACGCAACGAGGAGGGCCCGACCGGCAUCGUCCGCUGUCCGGAGGCGGUGGUUCUAGCGGAAGCAGUCUGUGGGCAUCGCCGUUGGAGGUGCCGCCUGUAACCGCAUCGUCGACGCCGGUGGCGCUAGGCCUAUCAUCGGACAGGGGCACUGCUGGCUCUCGCCGCCAAGGGUACGGAGGCGGCGGCGUGAGCACGGAGAGCGGCUGCAGCGGCAGCAGCGACCACGACGCGGUGCUGCCGGCAAGUGCGCGCGGCAGCUGGAACAGCAGCAGCAGAGGCGCUAAGUCUUCCCCAGCAGGCGGAGGAACAAGCCCGCACGACGACGACGAAGCCGGAGCUGGUUCUGGAAGACGAAGCGCGAAAAGAAGGCUAGGUACAGCCGCAUCAGCAGCAGCAGCCUUGGAUGAAGGAACGGAUCCGAUAGUUGCCGCCGUCCGAAGAAGCCGUGGAGCCAAGGAGGCGGAGAGCGGCGAGACUGGUGAUUUGAGGCGUGGCGGGGGCGGGGGGGGAGUUGUACGGGAGGUGGGCAACAGUAACCGGGCCGGUAGCAGUGGCGGUGUUUUUCGUGCGGCGGGAGGUGGCGAGGGGCGUGACGGGGCGAGCGUUUCGCUUGGCGGGAGGCGUGAGGGGGGAAGGACUGCCGACGGGGGUGCCGUGGUAUCAUCGUCUACCCGGGGACGAGUCGGCGUGAGGAAGGCUCGUCGGACGUACGGUCGGGGCUGACGAAGCGCUGGCAACAAACCCUACCUACCGUUUUACGCGGUGGUGUUGUUGGUGGUGUUGGUGGAAGUGUUAUGGUAGGCAUUCGCUUUGUUAUCUUGCGUUUUGACUUACCAUGCGGUGAUAACGCCGCUGGAACAUCACCAAGUAGAGAGAGAGAGAGACCGUAAGGCCUCCUAGGGGGGAGGGAUCGAGGGUUGUCCGGAGUGUUUUGACGAUCUUCGAUGGCGAGCGGGCAGUUUCAAACGUGGCGCCCACCGGUGUCGGACGACUCCACUCACCGACCACAAGGGUUUGGAAUAAUCAAAACCCGGAGAUUUUGGUUUCGGGCGCGAAGUCUCAAUAGGCAAACCUACAGCCUCUUAAAAGAGCUUCUCGGCUUCGGGGCGCGAUCCAUCGGAUGGACUUUAGAUCCGCUGUGAGCAUGAACACGGAGCUGAGGAUACCGCGAUCCCUUGCACAAAUUGCUUCCCUACGAAGAGAAAACAAGCGUGCUAGUCUUCAUGUUUCUCAGGGCAGAAAAACGUGUGCGAGAGUCGAGGGGGAGGAAGUUGUCGCUGUCCAAGAACUGGGCGGCGAAAAGGUUGCGUGUACCCGUGAGUGUCUUUGUGUUGUUGGCAUCGACCGAGAUAACGCGGUUGACCAAUGAAAGCACUGCAGUCUUAUGAUGUGAUGUACAAACAUGCAUGUGAGGUCUGAUUGACAUCGGUAAGCUUGCAGGAAGUAAACUUGUUGUUGAAAUGUUCGUACAAGGCUUGUACGCGGGCUAUUGUACCCCACGAGUUGCUUUUCUCGAGGGCGUAACGGGCGUCGUGGACAGCGUGGGAGAGUGUGGUGCCGAACUAAGAAUAUUUCUUGCAGCGGUAGAACCAGGCAUGUGCCCCCCCCCCCCUGCCAUGUGUUGUGUGGGAGGAGCAGUGUGCCUGCAAGAUGUCACGGUAUUCCGCAGCUCGGGGGUGCUGGGCGUGCUUUGUUGUUGAGAAAACUCGUUUCGAUGUGUGUUGUUUGGUGGCCUACGCAUACUGGCAAUGGUCAAGGUUCGGAGAAAAGGACAGGAUACGGCCCUGCCACAGGGUGGUGGAAUGAAGGAAGAACAGCUGUCGAGCCUCACCCGCAAAUUUUCGACAGCUGGUCACGGACGUGGUAACGCUAGACAUGUAGUCUAGCUGUGAACGGUUAAAGUACGUGUGCUUUCAGCGAAAUAGGGCGGAUUCCGCAGGGCAAGAACGGCGGUGGGUUCUUGGAACGGAACGUUGUACAGUAAACCACAUCCAAUGCAAUGCCGGCCCACCCACGGGGAACAUUGAUACCGUUGUCAGAAAGCCAGCCUGAUGCUAGAGUACGAAAAUCAUGGAGACCUGAGCAGGGAGUAGGCAUGUGGCCCUGUUGCAGGACGAGCUCGGGCAAAGGCUGGCAGGUCGGAACUAGCUACUGCGAUGUUUGGUGUUUCUUUCGUUCUCGUUUCUCUAGGGCAAGGGGGGGCCGAGGUGGGUGCAACAGCGCAACGAGAUGCGGUUUUUCGCUUGCGUGCCUUGCUGCGGACACAGCUUUCUAGCUUUUGCUUUCAGACCCC